GUUCAUUAUUGACCUGUAUCAGACGGCCGGGCGGACAGGCAGGUAGGCAAGCUAACGCGAAUAAUGCCGGGACCGGGUCCGCACAUGAUGUACGCACUGGCCACCGGCCAAGCUCUGUCAAGAGUAUCAACCGGCCGGUUUAGUCCGCACCACUGCCUUGUAUACGCCGUCAACGCCUUCUUCGGCCCCGAUCUAGGAUCUUUCUCCGAGUGGUUAUCUUCCACCCUAGGCUUCGGCAAGCACUUCGCUUCAUUGGUCGAACAUUUCAUCCACGAUCCCUUCUUCUUUAUCUUGAUCCUUGGCUUCCCUUUAUCCCUUUUCUAUGCCCGCCUCUCCAAAUUUCUUCUCCAAAAAGGGUUUCUUGAUUCCUUCUCUCCGGCGCCGCUUACAAGGAAACAGUGCUUAUUUCUGAUAUCGGCUGGUUCUUUAUCUCACUUUUUUCUAGAUCACUUGUUUGAGGAAAAUGGUCAUUCUACAAUGUAUACUUGGAUAUUGAGUACUGGCUGGUGGAAUGGAACUGCCCAAAUCAACCCUGAUGCAGUUAUGGUCGUAGGUCUAUUAUGCACCUGCUUGAUCUGUGGUUUCAUAUACAUCAACAGGGUGAGAUUGGGUCAAUCGAUUUAUUUGAAACAAUCAAAUGAGAGUUUUCGUUUGAUUGGGAUAGUAGCAAGUCUCUAUUGCUUGUGGUGUGCAAGCCAGAUUUACUUAGCGAAACCUCGUCGGCCUGCUGUGGGAGAAGAAGCCGAUCUUGGGGUGAUAGUGUUUUUGGCUAUUUACUUUUUUCUACCUCAUGGGUUGUGUAUUGCAUCCAUGAAUACUACUUCAAAAGAUUAUUAUUCUAAUGUCACAGAACAGAUCAUCCCUCUUUAAGUAAUUUUACUUCAAUCUUUACUUGUUGGCA